AACCCCCAAUAGAUGUCGUCAAACAUCCAUUCUCUAAUCGAUUCAAUACGGUCAGUUAUACCCAUAUAGGCUAUAUAUUAUCAUUAUUCGAUCCGUGUAAAUCAAUAUAUUACUAUUACAACUGAAUUCACAGUUUUAAUAAAUAAUACUAUUAAUAGUAAAUAAUAAGAGUACCAAUAUAUUUUAUAUUCAUAUUGUACUGCUACAAUUAUGGUUCAAUUCAAUAAUGUUCCGGUAGUAGGCCGUAAUGGAUAUAUUGAAGCUGAUACUGCAUUCCAUAACGACAUUUCUCCUGUAAAAGUAGACCUUGUCUUUGGAACUUUUAGAUUAGAAGAUACUAGUCAAUAUUUAUUACCCGUGGUUAAGAGAGCAGAAAACAUGGUAGUAAAUGACACUUCGAGUCAUGAUUACUUAUCACCUGCCGGAAUUGAAGGUUUUACAAAAUCAGCAAGCCGUUUAUUGUUAGGUGAUAUUGAUCCACUAUGGCAAGAAGGAAAGAUAUUUGGGGUUCAAUCUAUUGGUGGAGCCGGAGCUUUGAAAAUUGGAGCUGAAUUCUUAUCGAGGCAUAUGAAUUGCACAACUGUUUAUUAUCCUGAUCCAUCAUAUGAAAUACAUGGAACCAUAUUUGCGUUUAGUGGAUUUCAAAAUACAUUUGAAUAUCGUUACUUGAAUAGGGAAACUAAAGCAAUUGAUUUUGAUGGACUUUGUGAUGAUAUUUCUAAUGCUUCUGUUGAUUCAGUCGUAUUAUUGCACGCAUGUGGUCAUAAUCCAACUGGUUUUGAUCUAACUAAAGAACAAUGGAGAAUCGUUGCUGAAAUUAUGAAAGAACGUAAAUUAAUACCGUUCUUCGACAUUGCGUAUCAAGGAAUGGCGUCUGGAGAUAUUGAAGAAGACGCCUGGCCGAUACGUUAUUUCCAUAGUGAAGGGUUCGAAUUUCUAUGUGCACAAUCAUUUUCCAAGACGUUCACUAUGUAUAAUGAACGAGUUGGCAACUUGAUGGUUGUACUGAAGUCUGGGUUUAACAGUGAUAGCCUCAAGAUCCACUUUGAGAGAAUCGUUAGAUGUCUUUACUCAAAUCCUCCAAACCACGGUGCUAAGACAGUUUUUCAAAUAUUAUCCAAUCCUGAAUUAUAUGAAGAAUGGUCAUGCAGUUUCAAAGCUAUGGUUGUUCGAAUCAUUGAAGUAAGAAAAGCUUUCCGAAAAGCUCUCGAGGAUGAAGGUGCUCCUGGAAAGUGGAACCAUAUAACAGAUCAAAAAGGGAUGUUUAUAUUAUUGCUAUUGACAGAUUGUCAAGUGGAAUACUUGAGAUAUUUCCAUCAUAUUUAUAUGGUAAAAGGUGGACGAAUAAAUGUUACUGGACUGAAUUUCACAAAUAUUAGUUAUGUUGCUAAAGCGAUUAAUGAUACAUUAAGGAAAAACAUAUAAAAUUAUACCAUGCACCUAUAGUACCUAUGUCACCAUCGACUUCACAAGCUACUGCGCCACGUACUAGGUAUUUUGUUAUAACUUAUUAUUUAUAUUUCUUUAAAAGUAUGUAUUGCUUGUUACAAUUUAUUAUGAUUU